CACCUCCUGAUCUCCGCGGUCGAGUCUCCUGACACUCCAGGCUGCAGAUUCCCACUUCGGGCGCUCCACGGGUAUCUCUCCACCUGGAUUCUCGGGGCGGGGGCUUGACACAUAGGUCUAUCUCAGUGCCUGCUUGUAAACGUUGAUGUUUGCCCAAGCGAUUGAUUGGCACACGGACAGAUUUUCCAUUAUUAUCCAACUGCAGGGCAGAAACGAGAGAGGAAGGGGGGGGAUCCGAGCUGCUGGAAGUUUGUCAUCUGACUUUCUGUGCGGAGUGAAACCAAUAGGUGAGUGCUGUGGCUAUCACAUGGCGGCGCAGACACACCUAUAUGGGCCUAUAACGUGAGACCUGCACAGGCGCAAGCCGAGGGGGGACUGGAAAGAUACCACCCGCGCCUCGUCCAGCCUGGCCAAAUACAUGCUGGCGUAGAGCCCUCGGCACCGGCAGCCAUGAACAGAGAGGAGCACUACUAUGGCUCGGCUCAGUUGUACAAGGACUCCUGCGCCUUCCAGAGACCACAGAGCCAGGACUACAGCCACAGCCCGCCGCCCUGCCUCUACAUGGGCAGACAGCAGCAGCAGGGGCCCUACUCCGCGUCCCCCCUCUGUGGUCUCGAGCAGCCCAGCCUUCCCGACAUCUCCCCGUACGAAAUGCCCCUCAUGGGAGAGGACCCCGGGGUGUCACCCCUUCACCACCCUCCCCAGCAGCCCCCGCCGCCCCACCAGCAGGCCGGCUGUUACGGGGACCCCGCGGACCUGGCGUUGCUGGACGAGCGCAGCCGGUUCCAGCUGCCCUUUCCCUGGAUGAAAUCGACCAAGUCCCACGCACACACCUGGAAAGGCCAGUGGACAGGUGGGACCUAUAUGGUGGAGCCGGAGGAAAACAAGCGGACGCGGACGGCCUAUACGCGCGCCCAGCUGCUGGAGCUGGAGAAGGAGUUCCUGUUCAACAAGUACAUCUCCCGGCCGCGCCGAGUGGAGCUGGCCGUGAUGCUCAACCUGACGGAGCGGCACAUCAAGAUCUGGUUUCAGAACCGGCGCAUGAAGUGGAAGAAGGAGGAAGACAAGAAGAGGUCGCGAAGCGGGGACCCGGAGCAAGAUUCGUCCGUCAGCUCGGGGGACCUGAAGGAGGACACCUGCCCCUCGUCCCACGGGCAGCUGAGGGAGGCGGCGUCGCUCCGCUCCUCUCCCCAGCACAGCCUGUGCUCGGGGUCCGUCAGAAACCCCGCCUAAGGGCGGCAGGAGGCCGUCACCUGAGCGCUAUCUGCCGCGGACUCCGAAGGCGAAGCGAGGCGGUGGACCUCGGCGCGCAGAAGUCGCUCUGCGGGCGGUCUUCUCGUGCCUCUUUGAGCGGUCUUCUUUAAUUUAUUUUUGUACGCUAAUGUACGGUAUUGAUCCACUUCACGCUUUCGGAAUUCGUGGACGUGCGGUGCCCGCGGGUUUCGUGGACGCGGCGCGCACUGCCCAGAAAAGUGAAGGAAAACACGGCCGCCACGCAACCGCCGCGGCGGGUCCGUUCUCCAACAGCGUCAUCCCUCGACAGGCGCUUGUAUACAGGUGACCAUGCUGUGCAGUUUACAGUGCCUAACGACUUACAACCUGGCCCAAUCGUCGUUAAAUUCACUGCUCGUCCUAAUACCGCACCCUCUCCUUCAAAGUGCCUUUCCUGCCUCUUUACCUUAGUUGGUAUGGCCUGGUUACUACAGACAGGCUCAGAUGUAUUCUAUCCUACUGCUGCUUACUAUAAUUUUAAUAGUAAUUACUUUUCAGGCAUCUGGAGUUACAGUGGGACUGUGAUACUCUAACGGGGGUAGCUUCCCAGCCUCCGCCCGUACAAUAUAAGCCAUUGGGCAACGGCUUGAAAAUCAGUAGCUCAGAGAAACAACAUCUACCGUUUUUCCGUCGUAGCUUGAGACGGAACAGUAUCGGGACAACAAAGCGAUAAACAUCAAACCAGCUCACCCAUGAAAUGACGAAAAGCAGUUAGUAGUAGCAAU